AUGUCGCACGAACGCGCAAGCUACAAACGCAUCAUUCUCUGCGCAGAUGGGACCUGGCUGGCAUCCGACCAGGGCGGCACCGAGGAACCAUCUAAUGUCGCGCGGAUAGCCCGCAUGAUUGCAAAUGACGGAACAGACGCAGAUGGCAAAAUUGUGCCGCAGAUUGUCUCGUACCAUUCUGGGUUGGGAGCUGGAGAGCUUCCAUUAGAGAAAACUAUCUCGGGGUCUUUUUCUGGCGAAGGGUCCAUUGGCUGGGGAUUAGACACUCAGGUGUGCGAGAUAUAUGAGUUCGUAUCCGACAACUACUCGCCAGGCGAUGAAAUAUUCUUUUUCGGAUUUUCUCGGGGUGCAUUCACGGUCCGCUCAGUCGUGGGCCUAAUCUCUGACGUAGGAGUGCUGUCGUCUCAACAUAUGUCUUAUUUUGCCGAGAUGUGGAAAGCCUAUCGAGAAAAUACGAAUGGGGAACCUUUCUCCAAAACUGUGUGGUAUCAACAACACAAGGACAUGCUACGCCUGGAGGAUGUUCGAAUCAAGGUAGUGGGUGUCUGGGAUACAGUCGGCUCCUUGGGGAUCCCAGAAUGGCCGCUGGUCAAUUUGGCGUCAAAGGUCGGCAUUGCGUUGAACAAGAAAUACGAAUUUCAUAAUACCAAGGUGUCGAAAAACGUUGACCUCGCCUUCCAAGCUCUCGCAAUUGACGAGAGACGGCUUACUUUCCCACCUACUCUUUGGCACAAAACAGCGAAUGCACCGGCCAAGGAGCUUCAGCAAUGCUGGUUUCCCGGCGUACACGGAGAUAUUGGAGGUGGUGCUAAGAAUCGAGAAAUCACGGAUAUCGCAUUUGCAUGGAUGGUGGACAAUUUGUCUGGAAUGCUGGCUUUUGAAGAGGUUGUAGUCGAUGAUCUCAUCCAACAGCAUCAAGAUGCUCGGGCCAAAAGAAUUUCCGCAGACCACCUUGGUGAUAACAGCUGGGGUUGCGGUCCCAUCGUUUCCAAUUUCGCUGGAGUGGAAGGUGCCUUCUUCAGAGUUCUAGGUGUACAAGAUCGCACACCGGGCAACUAUCCGCCAACGCAAGGUCAACAGCCAGAAACUCGCGACACGAACGAGUCCUUCCACCCCAUCGUGCGGGUACGGAAGACGAUCCUUACCUCCCAGUAUCGUCCGGCUGCACUGACUGGGUAUACCUUUGAAAGGCCUAAAGGGCCUCAAGGCGCUCGUGCCGGCUGGUACUGGGACAAAAAGGGUAUGGCUCCGGCGAUACCAGAGUUUGUCUUACGUCCAGAGAAGAAGUUGCUUGUAGCGAAUGGUACAGGCUAUGCUUAUCGUGACAGUUUAUCCAGGACGAUGUGCCCAGAACAUCUAUUGGUUGAUCUUGAUCAAGAUAAUGGUGUGGCUGAUUCUCUUACUACUAAGAGAAAUGGCCGGGUUUGA